CCCCCCGGUGCCCCCCCGGCCCGCCCCCGCCGUGCCUAUCCCGGGCGGCGCCGCGUCCCGCCACUGCCCGCUCCGCGCCGCGCCGCUCCGCACCGCCCCCCCCCAGCCCUCCACCAUGCCAUCCCAGAUGGAGCACGCCAUGGAGACCCUCAUGUUCACCUUCCACAAGUACGCGGGGGACAAGAACCACCUCAGCAAGGAGGACCUGCGGGUGCUGAUGGAGAAGGAGUUCCCCGGCUUCUUGGAGAACCAGCGGGACCCGAUGGCCCUGGACAAGAUCAUGAAGGACCUGGACCAGUGCCGGGACGGCAAGGUGGGCUUCCAGGGCUUCUUCUCGCUGGUGGCUGGGCUCACCAUUGCCUGCAACGACUACUUCGUGCUGCACAUGAAGCAGAAGGGCAGGAAGUGAGAGCAGCACCCAUGGGUGCUGCCCUGAUGCCCCUGGGUGCUGCCCCCCCCAUGGGUGCUGCCCCCCACCCCUGGGCGCUGCUCCCAUGCCCAUGGGUGCUGCCCCCCCCACCUCUGGGCGCUGCCCCGACACCCAUGGGUGCUGCCCUGCUGCCCCCUGCUGCCCCCUGCCUCAGUAAAGGUGUUUUGUACUA